CUGUCCUUGCCGCUCUCCGCCGGCUCCCCGGAGUCCCCCGGUCCACUGGGGUCCCCCGCAGUCUUCCGCAGUUACCCCCGGUACCCCAGCCUCUUACAGUGCCCCCCUUGGUCCCCUGGCCCGGCAUGGCACGCGCGGUGGAGCCCGAGCGGCGGCUCCUGGCCAUCUACACCGGCGGCACCAUCGGCAUGCGGAGUGAGCGCGGCGUGCUCGUCCCCGGGAGGGGCCUGGCCAACGUCCUGAGGACUCUGCCCAUGUUCCACGACAAGGAGCACGCCCGGGCCUGUAGCCUCCCUGAGGACACCCUGGUGCUGCCGCCUGCCCGUCCUGACCAGAGGGUCAUCUACACAGUGCUGGAGUGCCAGCCCCUCUUCGACUCCAGUGACAUGACCAUCACCGAGUGGGUUCAGAUCGCCCAGACCAUUGAGAGGCACUAUGAGCAGUACCACGGCUUCGUGGUCAUUCACGGAACCGACACCAUGGCCUUCGCCGCCUCUGUGCUCUCCUUUGUGCUGGAAAACCUGCAGAAAACUGUCAUCCUUACUGGUGCUCAGGUUCCCAUCCACGCCCUGUGGAAUGACGGCCGCGAGAACCUGCUGGGGGCCCUGCUCAUGGCCGGCCAGUACGUGAUCCCUGAGGUUUGCCUGUUCUUCCAGAACCAGCUGUUUCGGGGCACCCGGGUGACCAAGGUGGACACGCGCAGGUUCGCAGCCUUCUGCUCGCCCAACCUGCCGCCUCUGGCAGUUGUGGGCGCUGACGUCAUAAUCAACCGGGAGCUGGUGCGGAAGGUCCGCGGGAAGGAGCGGCUGGUGGUGCACAGCACCAUGGAGCGAGACGUGGGCCUGCUGCGUCUCUACCCUGGGAUCCCCGCCACCCUGGUUCGGGCCUUCCUGCAGCCCCCACUGAAGGGUGUGGUCAUGGAGACCUUCGGCUCGGGGAACGGGCCCACCAAGCCCGACCUGCUGUGGGAACUGCGAGCAGCGACGGAGCGAGGCCUCGUCAUCCUUAACUGCACGCAUUGCCUGCAGGGUACCGUGACCUCAGACUACGCCGCUGGCAUGGCCACGGUGGGAGCUGGCAUUGUGUCAGGAUUUGACAUGACAUCCGAGGCCGCCCUGGCCAAGCUGUCCUACGUGCUGGGCCAGCCCGGGCUGAGCCUGCACAGCAGGAAGGAGCUGCUGGCCAGGGACCUUCGGGGAGAGAUGACGCUGCCCGUGGCAGACGAGUGCCAGCCUUCCCUUCAGAGCAGCACGCUGGGCCUUGGGGUUGCCCAACUCCUCAGCCUGAGUCAGCAGGCUGAUGCUGUUCGAGACGCCCUGACGCCCAGUCUGGCCUGUGCCGCAGCCCGUGCUGGUGACCUGGAGGCCCUGCGGGCGCUUGCAGAGCUGGGCAGUGACCUGAGCCUGGAGGAUUUUAACGGUCAAACUCCACUGCAUGCGGCCGCCCGAGGGGGCCACGCCGGGGUGGUCACCAUGCUGCUGCAGAGAGGGGUGGAUGCGAACGCCCGAGACAAAGACGGCCUCAGCCCGCUGCUGCUGGCCAUAAGGGGCAGGCAUCGGAGUGUCAUUGGGCUGCUGCGGGCAGCUGGGGCCUGCCUGUCCCCCCAGGAGCUGGAGGAUGCUGGGACAGAGCUGUGCAGGCUGGCAUCCAGGGCGGACAGUGAAGGUCUGCAGGCGUGGUGGCAGGCGGGGGCUGACCUCGGGCAGCCUGGCUAUGAUGGGCGCUGCGCCCUGCUCGUGGCAGAAGCUGCUGGGAACCUGGAAGUGGCGACUCUCCUGCAGCACCUCCAGACUGGGGCUGACGACCUGGCCCCCAGUUCAGAAGUGCUGCCUAUUGUCUAACCUGAAGCUGUCCGGCUGCAGCAUAAGCGAUUCCUCCCCAUCGUGACCUGCUGGGGAUCACAGGCCCCCCACUCGUGGCUCUGACUGGGAUGGACCCUGCCGCUGGAACUGCUUCCCAUUUUGCUUCCAGGACACAGCCUGUCUUUUUGGGCAGAGUGAAUAAAAUCUCUCUGGGACCGCUGCCUCUCGAGGUCCCCAAAGCC